AUGAUCCAACAUAAUCCCAAGUUGCGCAAGAGGCGGAGAAAGACGUCCAAGGAGGAACGCGUCUGCUCCAUUUGCUCCCAGUCCUUCAACAAGGCCGAGCAUCUCCUGCGUCACAUCCGCUCUCAUACUAAGGAGAAGCCGUUUGAAUGUUCUGCAUGCGGCCGCAUGUAUGCACGACAAGACACGCUCUUGAGACACAGUAGAUCCCAUCAACCCGCUCAACAGGACACACUUGAAAAGCUUGCCCCAGAAGAGCAUCAGUACUCUCAUUUGAAUCAAUCCGCGCCCAUCUCUCCCCCAAACAGUCGUUCUAUUGACGGCUCAAGCAUUCUGGAAACCAUCAUCGCGGAAGAGAGUUCGAAUCAGUCGCCCUCCACCGGGACCGGUCUCACCACAGCCUCUGACUUUGCCAUUACGUCGCUGGAUGCAGAUGGCAUACGACAAUGUGACUUGCUUCCAUACUGGAACUUUGACCAUGACCCUCAACGGCCGUACUUUGAUUCUCUGCUCAGUAAUGACAUGGACCUUGGUGACUUGAAUAUGUCGCUUUUGAACACAGCCACUGCGGAAUCAUUACCACAAGUACCAUGUGGCGAUGUCUCGAGGGGUAUGCGGUUCAUAUUAGCCCCAACGGCUGAACCGUUUACGCCAGACGGCAGCAAUGUCCGCGAACCGGACUCCGUAAUUCAGCGAGCGUGGCACACGUACUGCAGCAAUUCGUCAUCUGGGUAUGUGACACCCGACCCGGGGCAGGACCAAUACGCCGUAGAUGAUGACUGCCAUCGCGACUUGGUGGAUAAGCUGCAACCACGGCUGCAGCCAGGCACAUUGCCGUCAACCUCAUUCCUGGAUCUAUGCGUGCAAGCAUAUCUUUGCCACUUUCAUCCCUUGUUUCCGAUUAUUCAUGCGCCAUCAUUUAGACCCCAUUCUCAAAAUGGUCUGCUUUUACUGUCCAUGUGCUCUGUUGGAUCCCUUUUUAUCGGGUCGUCAAGAGCGACGGCUCAUGGUAUAAGCAUGUUUGAGAGGCUUCACAAGGCCAUUUUGUCAACGUGGGACACUAUCCUCUCCAAGUCCGAGUCUGUCAGUCACAAAGCCUUUCAAGCGUCUGUAAUUGGACAAAUGUUUGGUCUUCUUGUUGGGAGACCCAAAGAUCUCAUGCAAGUCGAAUUAUUCCACGGCACAAUGGUUGUGUGGGCACGAAAACUGAAGUUAUUUCGACUCAAAUCCCUUGACGCGGACCUAGCACUUCUGGAGGGGUUAGCUCUGGAGCACACCUGGAAAAUAUGGAUUCGCCAAGAGGAACGCAGACGGACGGCCCUGGGUCUGCUUCUGCUGGAUGCAGAAAUUGCCCGUCUGUUCCACGACAAACCCGUGAUACGCAAUCUUUUGCACCAAUUACCCGUAGCCUCCUCAGAUGAAGCAUUCGCCGCAGAGGACGCCAUUUCAUGGCGAAACAUAAUGCUCACCGAAAGCGCUCACUCCCUCAACAUACCAAACUCAUGGUCUUGCACAACCGUUCAAGAAGCUCAGUUACCAGAUGUUCGUGGCACAUUCGGACUCUACGUUCUUCUCCAACGCAUCGGGGCAUCAGUCAGUGACAACCACGAAUCCGUCUCCCAAGAACCAGAAAGACAGCUCCAACAUCAAAACAUGCUGGUACUAUGGCACGAAAAGUACCGGAAUACACCAAUGUUUCUAUCGCAAGAGCGCUACUUCAUGAUCCUAUGGCACUCUAUCUUCAUGCUACUAAAUUGCGACCUGGACGUAUUGGAGAUCGCCGCAGGCAGAGACGGCACCGAUGCCAUGAACACUCAGAAGCACGCGGCUGAAGCAUGGGCUAGCUCCUCACAAGCACAGCACUGCAUGGCACACUCCAUGCUCCUGCAACAGCAGUUUGAACAAAUCCCCCUUGGUUCGGAGCCACCUCUCCACGCGGCAGCAUGUCUGUACCGCUGCGGCAUAGUAUGGUACUGCUACGCUCGGUACGGAGGUACCUCUCCCAGGGGAUCAGAGAGCACGGAAAUGCCGGAGCUGGAAUACCUCGGUAUAGAUGGGGAUGGGGAUGGGGUUUUACGGGACCAAGUGUCCGUGUUGUUGGAGAAGCCGCUGGAGGCGACGCUGCUGUUGAUAGUCGAUUUGUUGAGGAGGAUUAGUCAUUGGAAGGUGGCGGAUAGAUUUGCGGCUACAUUGCUUGCAUUGGUUGAUGAUGGACAGGGGCUUUACUGA